AUGCCGCAAAUCGUGAUGACGGGUCAUGGUUGUUGCGAUGUGGCUGAUGAUGAAUAUCAAACGAUAGCUGUCACAGUGAGUCUCGACAUGAGCGGCUGCUUGAUACGAAAUAGGUCAAUCAGUGUUGUCGAUCUGGUCGACGAGGAUACGGGUCAGCGAAGUGCGGCCGGGAAGGGUGGGCAGCUGGGGCGACUCAACGAAGAAGCUCAUUACGGUACUGCAGUACCCUGGCAGGAGUUAAAGAGGUUACGCAUGUACUAUUACUGUCAUUCCAGAUAUCGGGAGUCCGCCGAUGCCCUGUUGGAUGCGGACGCGCUGAUAAGGAUCUCCCGUUUUGAGGUACAUGUUGCCGAUGUCGCCCAAACAAUGCUGCAGAAAUUACCACCACCACCAUCUGAUCAGCAUCACCGUUAUCAGCUCCUCUCAUCGUCAUCAUGA